GAGGACGGGGCGGAGCACGGGCGGAGCGGGCGGGUCGUGCUGGGGUUCGUGCUGUUCCUGCUGAUCGUCUGGACGUUGUUGGGGAACACGCUGGUCUGCGCCGCCGUGGUGAAGUUCAGGCACCUGAGGUCGAAGGUCACAAACUUUUUUGUGAUCUCGCUGGCCGUGUCGGAUCUCUUCGUGGCCGUGCUGGUGAUGCCCUGGGAGGCCAUGUCGGCGGUCGCGGGGGCGUGGCUGUUCGGCCGCUUCUGCGCCGUCUGGGUGGCGUUCGACAUCAUGUGUUCCACGGCGUCCAUCCUGAACCUGUGCAUCAUCAGCGUGGAUCGUUACUGGGCGAUCGCUAGCCCGUUCCGCUACGAGCGUAAGAUGACCCAGCGCGUGGCGUUCGUGAUGAUCGGCGUCGCCUGGACGCUUUCGGUUCUCAUCUCCUUCAUCCCCGUCCAGCUCAACUGGCACGAAGCGGACGAGGACGAGGAGGACGCUAACAUCGUCGACCAGGCUAACGUUAACGCAAACGUCAGCGACGACAACUGCAAAGCUAACCUGAACCGGACGUACGCCAUCUCGUCCUCACUCAUCAGCUUCUACAUUCCGGUGGUGAUCAUGAUCGCUACGUACACGCGCAUUUUCCGCAUCGCUCAGACCCAGAUCCGCCGGAUUUCCUCCCUGGAACGGGCCGCGGGUCACGACGAAAAUUCCAACUCGCUAAAAACGGCGUUUAAAAAGGAAACCAAGGUGCUGAAGACGCUGUCGGUCAUCAUGGGCGUGUUCGUCUGCUGCUGGCUGCCGUUCUUCAUCCUGAACUGCAUGGUUCCGUUCUGCCAGUGCGUCAGCGACACCACCUUCGCCGUCUUCGUCUGGUUCGGCUGGGCCAACUCCUCGCUCAACCCCGUCAUCUACGCCUUCAACGCCGACUUCCGAAAAGCCUUCGCCUCCAUCCUGGGCUGCCACAAGCUCUUCCCCAGCAGCGCCGUGGAGGCCGUCAACUUCAGCAACGAGCUGGUGUCGUACCACCACGAUACCACGCUGCACAAGGAGGCGCCGCCGCCGCUUCCGCCCAGAGACCAACAACGAGCCCUACGCAUUCAUAAGAGUUCCUCCUUAAGCUCCUCCUCUUCCUGUGUGGUCGUGGGCGGAGUCUUCCGUGAUCACACGCGUGCGCUGCUGCCCAGCGUCGGCCGGUGCGAGUGCGACGCCGAGAUCUCGCUGGACACCAUCACGCCCUUCACCUCCACCGCCGUCAUGGAGUGUGGAGGGAUUCCAGGACAGAUCGUCCACGACUGA